AUGGACCCAAGCAAGCAGGGCGGCCAUAGAGCGACGUCCUCGUCUUCGUACCCGUCUGAGCUCAUUGUGCAUCUGCUGCCAUGUGUGCAUGUAAGUGGAUUGGUCGCCGAGCGAACGCCGUCCUAUCCCACGUUAGCGCAUCCCACGUCUGUGUACCCGAACGUAUGUCAUGCCAUCGUUGAAGCGUUCGCGCCGCAAGCGCGGCCACGUCUAUGGUAUGCGCCAGGCUCGCCGCCUCGUUUGCAUACGGUGAUGGUCGACUAUGCGCAUGUCCUACCGCCCGCGCGCAUGCGGGCAGGGGCGCGGAUCACAGAUGUGGACGCGAAGCACGCGUUGCAAGCGCUACCGCCGCGCUCGCCCCUCUCGCCGCUGUUUCCUGGCGGCCCGCUGUUCCCAGAUGGCAUUGUAUCGCCGUCGUGGAUUCGAAAGCAUACAGAGUACAUGCCAGGCGUCCACCUGGCCUUUUUCUGCCUGCCUGCCUCCACAGAGGCGACGUUGCAGGCUGACACGGCGCUGAUUGAAGCGAUCAUAGCACUGCGUACGUCGCUAGCGCCGCGUGGGAUCAAAGUCAUGGUGGUACUACUGUGUGAGCCGGCCUCGCUGCUCGCUGGCCAAGAAGCGCGGCUACAUCAUAUUCGGCGUGCUGCUGGCCUCGAAGCGCGAGGUACGAUGCUUGUGUUCAAUGCGCACGAUAUGAGCCGACUGCCUGCUUUUCUGACAGAUGUGUAUGCGACGGCGUCGCAGCAUACGCGCGAGCACUACCGCCAGCACGCGCGCCAUGUUCGUCGGAAUCGGGCGCGGUAUCCACCGCCGCCAUCCGUCACGCAGCCCAUCAUGCAGGCGGCGGCGCAAGCGCAUCUGCUUCGGACGCCCUCGCCGAUCCUCUCGCCGCCGGGCUGGCAUGUACGAACGCACUAUAAAUUAGCUGUGCUUGCUGAACUGCAAGGCGAGUAUGCCGAAGCCGAUACACAGUAUACCGAAGCGUACGAAGCGCUCCUCCGCACGUACCUGGCCGAUACCAAGCUUCUCGCACCACGAACGCGGCGCUGGGCCGAGGCCAAGGUGCUGGUCGAUACGCUUGCGUUCAAGCGCAUCAAAGGGGCCUUGUACCGGGGUGACGAGGUCGUCGCCUUGCGUAUUUUCACUAUGCAUCAGCACGAGAUGAGUGUGCUCAGUACAGGGUGGGGCAUUGGCGCUAGCACGCCCGAGUUCUGGGCGUGGCGUGCGAAGCAGUAUGCCCUGAUGGCGACGCUGCUCCAGGACGCCGGCCUCACGACGAGUUGUUUCGAGCCGGGCGUGCUGCGCUACCAUGCCGCGCUGUGCACAAUGCAGCGCGCGGCCUACGCCACCGACACGUCGGUGGACGUUCGUGCGCUGGUCGUGCAUGCACUGAGCUUGGCCUACGACACGUUCCGGCACGCGCAGCGUGGGCGUCUAGCGCACAUGACCGCGACACGUUUGGCGGGGGUGUACCAGGAGACGGAGCCUGCGCAAGCGUUGCAGUACCUGGAGCGCAAUCUGCGUUGGUACCGUCGUGAGACAUGGACGAAGCUUCGGUACGCUGUGGCGUACCAUGCGUGGACGUGUGCGCGAGCAUCGCACGAUCCAGCAGCGACGAUGCGAUUGGCGCUGGAACUGGCCCCCGUAGCUCAGCAGUACGAUGUCUCGUACGAUACAUCAGACGAGGCGACGUCGAGCGAGACCGUCUUGCCACUCGACCCAGGCGCCGCGUCGCACUGGCUGCAUGUCUGCGCCGUGUUUGCGCGGGGCACGCUGACGCUUCCUGGCUCCAUGGCAUGGCAGCUGCGGAUCGAGCCCUGGGCUACGUCUAGGCUGCCCUCCUGGCCCUGGCGCACGCUGCGUGUGUAUGCACGUGAGUCAGAUACACCGGUGUGUGUUGUGACGUACGAUGCACAAGCGCCCACGACGCAGGUGACGAUGCGCGAGGCGAUCGCAUGGCCGGCGCAACGUCCAGGCACAGGUACGACCUCGUGGACAUGGGCCGACAAGGCGCCGCUCUGGGUGCAAGGCGCUAUGGCGGUGUCCCAGGCGAGUGACGUGACAUUCUCGCAUGUGGUCCUCACACUGCAAACGCCGCUCGCACCGGUCGACCUGGCGAUCGAUGUGGACCGCGACGCACCGUGUGUAUGGUACGUACCUACGACGCACCAGCGCCUACCACUGCCCCCCCGGCCAGACGUGCGCACGUUGCAUGCCGUCGCAGAGCACGUGGCCAUCAACGUGCCCACGACCAUGUACCCUGGCGAAGUGGUCGGCAUCACCAUGCCCACGACGCCUACCACGGUGCGUGUCGCGCCUGAGGCCUGGGCGACGGGGGCUGCAUGGCUCGACGAAACGAGCGCGCAGGAGGCCAUGGACAGUGUCGCGGCGUCGACGUUGUGGCUACGUGCGCCCUCCAUCCUCGGCACGUUCCGUGUGCACACCCAUGCCACGUCCACCGAGACGCAUGGAGUACACGUCCAGCCCUUGCUCCACGUCCAGUCGCAUGUGCACUGGCGCGACGCAAGCGAUGGGCGCGUUCUUCUGCAUGUGGAGUACCUGGGCACAGACGCGCUACAGCUGGAGCACGUGUACGUGGCCGUAGCGCCGGAGCUGGGCAUCCAGGCCGGCGCUGUAUGGGGCGCGCCUACGCCGAACGAGGCGCCUGCCUUCCCGGUGUGGUCGCCACGAACCACAGCGACGUGGAUCGCGCCGCUGCAAGUCACAUACACCGCCGCCGACAUCCACAACGAUGCCACGACCGCUUCUACGUUGGUCGUACAAUGGCGUCGGCCAGAGCGUGACCAGCCAUGGCCCUGCGAAACGCAUGUGCCGAUCCCAGCGCUCACGCCGCCGCCGUGGGCGCGUGUUCGUGUGCACGUCACAGCGCCGCCUACGGUCGUUGUGGGCGAGGCGAUCUGGAUGACGAUGCACGUGCUUAAUCAGGAUGCGUACCAUGUGGCCGACGCAACGAUCGACGUCGAGGUGCCUGACACAGCCCUGGCCGCCGGGCCUCGCAAGGUCACAUGCUCCAUGCUCUUGCCCGGCGAAGAACGUACGUACACGGUAGCCCUACGGCCGCAGCGUAUGGGGCCCUACCGGCUGCCGCUGGUGCGUGCAUUGGCGCUAGUGCCGCAGCAAGAGCCACAGCGAUUAACGGUGCCUAUGGACGUACAUACUGUCAUGGUCCAGGCGCCGACGUCGUGGACUCCAGACCAUCCUGCGAUACCAGCGCCAUCAUAA